AUGUGUACCGAAAAGUGUAACAACGUUUGCGGGGUCCAUUUCCCCAAGGACUUCAGAGAAGCUAUUUUUGAAAAGAAUGGCUCCGUUUGGGUCGAUCACGAAACCGCAGUGAUUGACCUUCCCUGGGAUGCAGCGGAGUUCGAUUACUUCAACUACCUCAGGGAAAAGUGUACCUGGGAUCCUCCUUUUGUGAACCAGACACAGCGUUUUUAUGAGGACGGAUUGGAGCAGUUCAAGCGCCGUAACUGGAAGAAGGCUCAGAAGGAGAGACUUGUGAAAAACCGUGUGAAGAGAGAAAAGCCAGCACAGGCUCCUGAGCCCAAGGCAGAAAUUGCCGUUUCCGAGUCUGUUCCAGAAGUUUCUGAGAAGAAGGCUAUUUCUGAAGCCGCUGUGGCUUCCACAAAUGUGGGUACUUUGAAGGCCUCGACCCUGGUCCAGACCACUAAGGAAUGCCCACCACAAACCACUUCCCCCAAGAAGGUUUCCAACAACGUUAGGGUUUAUGUGUCUUUACCCGCAAAGAAGCCUUCCCCUAUCCUUUCCCAGAGUUUCCCUGCCGAGACUCUGGAGAACGCUCCAGUUUCCACAAACGCGAAGGAAGCUGUGACCAAGGAUUCCGGGUGCCCUCCACCUUCCCAAACCCGGGUUUCCAAGGCUGCGAAGCAAGAGGAAAAGGCUGCCAGAAAGGCUGCUAAGCAGGCACAAAAGGCGGCAAGGCAGGCCGAGAAGCAGGCCGAGAAGCAGGCCGAGAAGCAGGCCGAGAAGCAGGCGGAAAAGGCUGCAAGACAAGCUGCAAUGGAAGCGGAACAAGCUGCAAAGGAAGCUGAAGAGAGGCUUGCAGCAGGAGCCGCAAAGCAAGCUGAGCAGGCUGCAAAGGAAGCAGAGCAGAAGAAGGCGGAACAGGCUGCCAAGGAAGAGGAGGCUGCCAGGGAGAAGUUGAGAUUAUCCAAGUCUCGCUUGCCUCCAACUCCAAAGCAGUUCAGACGUCGUUACUGGAACGUCAAGCAGCUCGAGGUCCGUAACCACUACUUGCCAAACUACAGCGACCAAUUCUCGACGGUGCUUGUUCAGGUGGACGACGACGAGUCCGACGGCUUGGAGGACGAUGGAGAGGAUGUCUUCGAGUUCCUGGUGAACGUCGAGAUUUUGGAACCCGUUCGCAAGGUUCCAGAACCUAAGCACGAUGUCCCAGAGCCCAAGCAUGUUCCAGAGCCUCAACAGCCUGGACAGCCUGAAGAGAAGGUUUUGGUGCCUGAAACCGAGGCGCCACAACCUGAAACCGAGGUGCCAGAACCUGAAACCGAGGUGCCAGAGCCUGAAACCAAGUCGCUAAAGCCCAAGAGCUCCAACUUCUACUGGCUUGGCGACUUCCCAUUCUUCAUGCUGACGUUGGCCAAGAAGCACCAUGCCACCUUCCUCCCUGGAGACUUCUUCAAGUCUCGGGAGCUUUUCUUCCCAAAGGAGACUGACUCCUUUUUACCAGGUGACUUUGCUGGCUUCAAGGCCCUUACUUACCCCAAGAAUCAGUCGGAUUUCUUCCCCUCCGACUUUUUCGCUUUGUGGAAUGAACCCGUUCCACAGAAGACUAGGCCUGUCAGAAACUCGAGGCCUGUCUGGGGUUACACCAUCACCAGAACCAAGAGACGCUCUUAUGGUUUUGAGUUGGUGCUUCCUGUGCUGACGAAGCCCCUUGUUGCUUCCCAGUGCUGA